AUGGGAAAUGUACUUUCGGGUUACCAGUCAGCUGAAUGCGAAGUCGAAUUGUUCAACAAUGCCGGAAAAAUUCGCGGCCUCCAAUUUGACAGCAAAUCUCGACGAUACGCUGACAUUCCUUACGCUUUACCACCGACUGGUGAUUAUCGUUGGCGAAAACCACGACCAUUGCCAGAGUCUUUCUCAUACUCGUCUCCGGAUGGAACCCCAUACGAUGCGACAAAGUUCGGAAAGGUCUGCUUACAAUCCAGUUACUCCGCCUCUGUGAAGAAACAACUUCCGCAACAUAUCUUUGGAGAGGACUGCUUGCGCCUGAAUAUAUGGACUCCGGUCGGAAAGCCCAACGAGACGAAUCCGAAAUGGCCGGUGAUGAUCUGGUUCCAUGGCGGAUGGUUCCAGAUCGGUGACCCUAGUCAGGAAGAGUCGAUGGACCCGACCGAACUUAUCUCCACAGGUCAGUUGAAUGCUGUCUUUGUCGCGGUGGGUUACCGUCUGAAUGUGUUUGGAUUCCUGGCGGGUGAAGUAUUGAGAGAAGAAUCCGGCGGACAAGAAGUGGGCAAUUACGGCCUUUGGGAUCAGCGACUCGCAAUGGAGUGGGUCUAUAAAAACAUCUCAGCCUUUGGCGGGGACCCAGAAAACAUUACUUUGUCGGGACGCAGCGCGGGCGCAUACGCCGUUCAGGCACAGACCUUGUAUGAUUUUCGGGGAUCGAUGGACGAGUCGGCUCGAAGUCAUUUCCGACGGCUUGUGAUGUAUUCUAACGCGAUCCCGACUCAACCCAAAACGCCGGAAGACUGUCAACCCCAGUUUGACGAGUUGUGCGAGCACUUUAAGAUAUCACCAGAAAUACCAGGGCCCGAAAAGCUCCAGAGGCUGCGCCAGAUUGAUGCCGAGGAGUUGUGCGAUGCGGUCAUGAAACUGAAGCAUCACACGUUCCGACCUGUUACUGAUGGUGUUUUCAUCCACCCUGGCAUCUUUGAAUACUAUCGGGAUGGAUCAUUCGCAAAUGAGUUCAAGAGACGUCACCUGCGUUUAUUGAUCGGAGAGGUGCUGAACGAGGAAACAUUAUACGCCGUGACUAAUGGCCCACAGGCCAACAGAGAGUCGCUGGAGCUCCAGGUUUCCAAUUAUUAUUCACCAUCGACGACAUCUCGAUUGCUGCAGCAUUACCCUCUUCCUGACUCCGACCGAAAGGAAGAUUGGGAAGGUGUGUUUGGACGAAUCAUCUCCGAUGGUCAGGUCCGGGCUCCGUCGCGGUUCUUGGUCCAUAACUUACUACAACAUGGGGUGGAUAUUAAGGAUGUGUGGCGGUAUCUUAUUGCAUACCGCAUGUCGUUCAUUACCGAAAAGGUAGCCCCUGCUGCGUUUGGAGUGAGCCACGCCAUGGAUAGACCAAUAUGGAAUUACUCAGUGAUGCAUGGCCCGAAUCCUGCUGAGCGGCAGCUAAUGGACAAUUGGAUUCACGAUUUGGUUGCUUUCGUCAACGGAGACAAUGACCACUCCUACGGCACGAAGGAAUGUGACGAGUAUAAGGUCAUGACGCCGGAUGGCAACAUUGAAAUCCAGAAAGAUCCACGUUGA